CAACAGCUGUGGCGCUGCCCCCUCUCAGUCGCAUUUAAUAAACAAAAUAAUUUAAAAUAAAAUAAAUCCCACAUAAUGCUACGAAAUACGUUGCAUUUAGCCUCUCUGGGUGUGCGCCAAGCCCGAGUGGCCAAUUUUCUGCCAGGAUUCACUCAAUUACUCCAAAAGCAGCCACUGAAGGCCGCAAGCCAGCAAAUAGCGCGCGAUUAUGCAAAAAGCAAGGACAAAAAGAGGGAAAAGGGCGGCAAGGGCGGAGGAGGAAAGGCCGCCAAGGUGGAAAUCAACGAGCAGCAGCUUCGCGAGAUCCUUAACUUCGAUGGCCUCAACUCGCAGAUGCAAAAGAAUCUCCUUCAAAUGAAGGAGGACUUUGUAAAGCACCUGUCCCUGCGCUCCACCAGCGGCGCCAUCGAUACGCUGCGCAUCAAGGUCGAUGGCCAGGAGCACGAGCUGCAGGAACUAGCACAGAUUUCACGCAAAAAUCCCAAGACCAUCAUUGUAAACAUGAUCGGGUUCCCGCAGACCAUACCCGACGUGCUCAAGGCCAUCGAAAAGAGCGGCAUGAACCUGAACCCGCAGCAAGACGGCACCACACUGUUUAUACCCAUCCCCAAGGUGACCAAGGAGCAUCGCGAGAACCUGUCCAAGAACGCCAAGGCUUUGUUUGUCAAGUACCGGGACGCGAUUCGAGGUGUCCAGAACGAGCAUAUCCGGAAACUGAAAAACAAGCCCGAACUGGGCAAGGACGAUGCCUUUGCUGCCCAGGCUCAGGUCACUGCCAUUGCGGAUCGCUUCAUUUCGGAGGCGGACAAACUGUUGGCCAGCAAGCAGAAGGAGUUGCUGGGUGACUAGCACUUAAACUGAGACUGAUCCCUGAUAAACCCUUAAUUGUUCCUCUAAAAAGCCUUUUUAAAUUGUUAAUAAAUCAUGAAAUAGAGCACUCA